CGGUCGGUCGGGUCGGUGACGCUUUUGUUUAUAGGCGCCUACGGAAUAGACGCCCUUCUCCUUGCUGGCUCAUGGUGCAAUCCUUGCCAGCCGUCGGCGGUAAGAGCUUUACAAAGAAACAGCGCUAAAGAGCAUUAGACGCUAAUUGUGCGAUACGUUGCCUGAAAACGCCCAUGCUGGAGUCAGGGGCGAGGUGUCUGGCGUUUGAAGCGCUAGCCGACUCGAAGCAUGGACUCCUUCGCUAUACCUUUUCCUGCAGGGAGAACGGUGGCGGAACUGCCUGGUGGCAGUAACGGAGACGAUGACCUGCACACAAAUGAAGAAGACGUUUCGAGGGAACCGCUGCAGCUGACAGUGCUGUCGCUCAUGAACAAGCGGACCCACGUGGAGGCCUUUGCGAGCGACAGCGUCCUCGACCUGAAGCUGCUUCUGCAGGACAUACUGCUGGUACCAGCCGACCAGCAGCUGCUCGUCUACCGGUACCAAGCGCUGACUGACAGCGACACGCUCGAAGAGUGCGGCCUCAGAGACGGCGCCCAGCUGACGCUCAUCCUGCGCAUGCGAGGAGGCGACCCCACACCCGUCGUUUUGCAUGACGACGAGCCCUUGGAGCUGUCCAUCUUGAUCAAGCGAGGCAAGUGCGUCGUCGUCGCCAGCCGCUUCGGCGCAACCGUGGGCAGCGUCAAGCAGAGCAUCGAGAAACUCACCGGACUGCCGGCGGCCCGCCAGACGCUCACGUUUCGGGGCCAAGACAUGAGCGACGAGCACACGCUGGCGCACUACGAACUGCGCGAUCGCUGUGCCGUGUUCCUCGCCCUCGAGGCAACCGCAGACGUUGAUGCCUCAGCAGCGGCAGCGGACAAUAGCCAAGAGCCGGCUGUGAGCCUGGCUGGGAUCGCGGAGCGCUUGUGGAACCUUUUCUUUUGAAGACAGCUUGGCGACUGCUUGUGACGCUACGCGCCCCUUCGCACUGCAGUGGGCACAAUCCGCCAAAUUAACUUGGUCAACUCGAAGAGGCGGACGUUACUUACAAAGGAAAUCAGCGUUUCACUAAAUAUAUAACCAUAUUGGCCUAGUCGAUAUUAAUAAUUGCUUCGCUGUAUGGCGUACAAAUUGAAGCAAUAUGCGAACUUAAAGGGACACUAAAGGCAAAUAUUAAGUCGACGUUGAUUGUUGAAAUAGCGGUCCAGAAACGUCGUAGUGCUGCUUUUGUGCCAAGGAAGUGCUUAUUUUGAAAUAAAAUCACGUUUUUAGUGGU